GAGCGCUGGACGCGUUUUAGCGAUGGCUUCUGCCCUCAACAGCAAAAUUCACGCGCCCGGGACUUGCCCGGGCUCCAAAGCUGAUGCCCGCGGUGGCGCGGGCUGGAGAAUGGACUGCGAUCCUGAGAUGCACGUGAAAAUGUGCAAGAAGAUCGCUCAACUCACCAAGGUGAUUUAUACCCUGAACACUCGCCAGGAUGAGGCUGAGGCCAGCAUGGAGGCGCUGCGGGAAGCUCACCAGGAGGAGCUCCAGAAUGCAGUGGCAGAGACCAAGGCCAGGCUCCUGCAGGAACAGGGCCGCGCAGAUGAGGAGGCCCUGCUCCAGCGCAUUCGGACCCUGGAGAGCGCCCUGGAGCUGCAGAAGAGGCUGACGCAGGAGGCGCUGGCCCAGUCAGCCACAUGCAGGCUGGAGACCAAGGAGAGGGAGCUGAGGGUAGAGGCAGAGCACGCCGAGAGGGUCCUCACCCUCUCCAAGGAGAUGCUGGAGCUCAAGGCUGACUAUGAGAAGAGGCUCCGGCACCUGACGAGCCACGAGUUGCCCCAGUGGGGCCGGCUUUCCCAGGACAGCCCUGACCCAAAGGCAGAGCCGGGCCGCGGCCCCGAGAUGCGGGAGGUCCUGCAGGAGGUAGAGAGGCUGCGAGUGGAGAACCAGCAGCUGAGCAAGGACUAUGCCCAGAAGGCCGAGGAGCUGCAGGCCACCUACGAGCGGGAAAAUGAGGCCAUCCGGCAGGCCAUGCAGCAGUCAGUGAGUGAGGCUCUGUGGCAGUGGCAGGAGAAGGAGACCGACCUCCGCAAGAACUUCCAGGUCCAGGAGUCCGCCCUGCAGGCCCAGGUCAGGAAGCUGGAGGGGGACCUGGAGCACAGAGGCCGCAAGAUAAGUGACCUGAAGAAGUAUGCUCAGAAGCUGAAGGAAAGGAUUCAGGACCUGGAUGUACAGCUCAAGGAGGCUCGACAGGAGAAUUUGGAGUUGAAAAGCACUGCGAAAAAACUUGGGGAGAAGCUGGCUGUUGCCAAAGAUAGACUGAUGCUGCAGGAGUGUCAUGUGACGCAGAAAACCGAUGACGUGAAGACGGAGCUGGUUUCAGAGAAUGAAGUCCUAGGGAAAGCGAAUGAUUUGGAAGCUCGCAGUCCGCAUCCUCAGCAGGACCAGAACUUUCUCAAGGAGUGUCCAUGCACAAAAGGAGGCACAGAUACACAGACCAAGAAAGAGGCAAGUAUUGAGAUGGAAUACAUGAAGCAACAGUAUGAAGAAGACCUUCGCAGAAUCAAACAUCAGACGGAGGAGGAGAAAAACCACCUCAAAGACCAGCUCGUGAAGAGGCUGGAAGACUUGGUAAAGAGGCACACGGUGGAGGUCAGAUCAGUUCGCUCGUCGGUGGAGGCCGAAAGGAAGAAGCUGCAGAAGGAAGUGGAAGCACAGCUGGAGGAAAUGAAGAAGAAAUCAGAGAAUGAAAUAAAGCAGCUGGAAGAAGAGAAAGAAGCCCUAAAUGUGAAGCUCCAGAAUUCUCUGCUUGAGGUUUUAAGGCUGGAAGAAUUUAUCCAACAGAAUAAGGUACAUGCCCAAGGAGGCAAGGAAAGGCCCCAGGAAUUGGACUGCCAGCACUGCAGCAUUUUAGAGACCCAGGAUCCAUGCUUGAAGCUGAGUGAACCUUCUGAGACCCUGCCCAGAGGAGAAGAGUAUCAAGAUAAGUUAGCAGCUGAAGAAGGAACCAGCAGUGACGAAGAAGAAAGGAUCGAAGUGCCGCUCAAGGAAGGAGAUGACCUGCAACCUCCCCUGGGCUCUUUGCUGAAGGAGAAGGCACCCAAAAUCCGACGUCUGCAGGAGGAGUGGCAGAGCCAGAAGGCCAGAUUGCAAGCCCAGGUCUCGCAGAUGCAGCAGGCUCUGGAGCAGUGCGCCAGCAACUACAGGGAGGACCUGCAGGAGCUCAGGCAGCUCUCUGACCACGAGAGGGAGAAGCUGCAGCGCGAGCUCCGGGAGACCGUUCAGCAGAACCAGGCUGUGCAAGCGCAACUUGAGGCUUCCCACCAGCGGGCCCUACGCAUGCUUGAGAAGGCCAAAAAUCAAGAACUCAAGGCCACAGAGGAGCGACUGAAAAGGGAAUCCAGCCACAGCCUCCAGAUCCAGCACCAGGCACACCGGCUGGAGCUCCAGGCCCUGGAGGAAAAGGCCCGGCAGGAGCUCCAGGGGGAGCUGGAGAGGAUGCAGGCUCAGCAGGCCCUGCUACUAGAGUCCCUCCGGCAGGAGCUGUCAGAGCAGCGGGCGGCCUGCUCGGAGCACCAGAAGGACUUGGAGGUGCUGCAGGCCGAGCUGAGGGCCCUGAGCAGCUCGGGCAGGCAGCAGGCCAUUGGCCAGUGUCCAGGGGACAGCGAGGACCACACUGUCACUGCAGAGGAGCGGGGCGACCCGGGCCAGGCGGGCUCCCCGAAGGGCUCCGCUGAGCAGGGCCCGAGCGAGGGAGGCGGCCUCCGGGCGGAGAACUCGCAGCUCAAGGACACAGUGCGGCGGCUGCGGGCCGAGGUGGAGCAGCACCAGCAGGAGGCGCUGCGGCUCCGCGACCAGCGCAGGCUGCUGGAGGAGGACCAACAAGCCCAGCGGGCCCGGGAGGUGGAGCUGCUACGCCAGGAGCACCGGAAGGAGACGCAGGCCAUGGCGGCAGAUUUCAGCAGCGCUCAAGCCCGUCUCCAGGCCCGGCUGGCUGCCCUGGAAACCGAACUGAAAGACGGCGGAGAGAAGCCGGCGAAGGGCGCGUCCCGGCCGGAGGACGUCCAGCUCAUAGCGCGUCUGCAGAGCCGCCUGCAGGAGCGGGAGGAGAUCAUCAAGCGGCUCACGGAGGAGAGAAGAUUUCACUAUGCAGCGUUCCCCAGCGCAAUGUCCCAUCGGAAUCGGUCCUUCUCUUUCCAUCCUCACCAGGGGUAUUUGACCCCCUCCAUGAAGAAAAAGAAGAUGGAGGAAGUGCCCAGCCGAGUGGUCAGCGUGCCAAACCUCGCCUCCUACGCGAAGAACUUUCUGAGUGGAGAUCUGAGCUCCAGGAUCAACGCGCCUCCAAUAACAAAGUCACCCAGCAUGGACCCAAGCCCCAGCAGUGGCCGGCCUUACAAACCCACCCAGUCUCCGGAUGUGAAAACUGCCACAAGGACACAAGAUGGUGAAACAGCCCAGCCCAAAGAAGUCCAGCAGAAACAGGGCUCUGCCCACCAGGAAUGGUUCACCAAGUAUUUUUCCUUCUAACCUGAGCCUUGGGAUCCAUCACAAAGAGGACAUUUGAAAAAUGUUGCUUUUAGAACAUUUGAGGGAAUGAACUAAAAAACCAGCCAAGCAAAUA